UUCACCAUCACAAACACGCCAGCUUGACUUCACAUAUAGCAUUCCAUCGAAUCUUCUUUUCCGUUGGACUGAGUCGGAAAUCCAUUAUGGAUUCUACUCUCAAGAAAUAUUUUGGAUUUUCGAAUUUUCGGCCGUACCAGAAAGAAAUAGUGGAAAAUAUCCUGCAAGGAAAAGAUUGCGUGGUGGUUAUGGCUACGGGCAGCGGCAAAUCCUUGUGCUAUCAAGUGCCGCCAUUGAUUGCACAGAAAACUGCUGUGGUCGUUAGCCCACUAAUAUCGUUGAUGCAAGAUCAGGUAAUGGCUCUGCAGCAGAGAGGAAUACUGGCUGACCACCUCUCUAGUGCUCAGUCAGAUCCAAAUGUGCAAACGAAAGCUGAAAGUGGUCAGUAUGAUAUUUUGUAUAUGACUCCCGAGAAAGCCUGCCUGCUUCCUGUCAGCUUCUGGGCGAGAUUGCUGGAUUCAGGAGUUUGCCUAUUUGCUGUUGAUGAAGCACAUUGCAUAUCUGAAUGGGGUCAUGAUUUCAGAAUGGAAUAUAAACAAAUGGACAGAUUACGUGAUGUUCUUCUAGAUGUUCCCUUUGUUGCAUUAACUGCAACUGCAACAGAAAAAGUCCGACUUGACAUUGUAAAGUCGUUGAAGAUGCUGUGCCCUUUUGUAACCAUUGGGACAUUCAACCGUGGGAAUCUCUUCUACAGUGCCAAAUCUUUUAAACGGAGCGAUGCUUUUCUAAAUGAGCUUGUCACCGAAAUCAUUGCAUGUGUCAAAGCAGGUUCAACAAUAAUUUACUGUAGUACUGUCAAAGAUGUUGAACAGAUUUGUGCGUCCCUUAAGGAAGCAGGAAUUGAAGCUGGAAUGUACCAUGGCCAAAUGUCUAAAAAAUCACGUGAAGACUGCCAUAGAUCUUUUAUUAGGGAUGAAUUUUAUGUCAUGGUUGCAACUAUAGCUUUUGGCAUGGGCAUCGACAAACCUAAUAUAAGACAUGUAAUUCACUAUGGCUGCCCAAAGAGUUUGGAGUCGUAUUACCAGGAAAGUGGACGUUGUGGUAGAGAUGGAAUUCCCUCCUUCUGCCGUCUUUAUUAUGCAAGAAGUGAUUUUGGAAAGGGAGACUUCUAUUGUUCAGAAGCUCGGACAGAUGAACAAAGAAAAGCAAUAAUGGAAUCAUUCAUAUCUGUGCAACGCUAUUGUAUGCUAACGACUUGCAGAAGAAAGUUUCUGUUGGAAUAUUUUGGGGAGAAGUGCCCAUCAGAUAAAUGCGGAGCUUGUGAUAAUUGCACCAGCUCAAGGAAAGAAAGUGAUAUGUCUAGGAUGGCAUUUCUUCUAAUGGCUUGCAUUCGAUCAUGUGGUGGUUCCUGGGGUCUGAAUUUACCUGUAGAUGUUCUUCGCGGAUCUAGAUCCAAGAAAAUUAUUGACGCUAAUUUCAAUAAGCUACCAUUCCAUGGCCUGGGAAAGGAAAUGCCAGCUAAUUGGUGGAAGGCGUUAGCUUAUCAGUUAAUUUCACAAGAUUAUCUGUUAGAGACCUUCCAAGAUGUGUACAAAACUGUAAGACUUGGACCAAAAGGAGUUCAGUUUUUGAAUUCCUGCAGUCCUGAUCAUAUGCCCCCAUUAUAUCUAACCUUAACCCCAGAACUGGUGGGUGACAACACAACCAAGGAUGCAGUUGAUGAGGCAGGUGGUAGUCUGACCCAGCUUCAAGUUGCUGGUUUAUCAAAGCAUGAGGAUCAGUUCUACAAAAUGCUUGUAGAAGAGAGACUGAAGCUUGCAAGGGACCAUGGAACUGCUCCAUAUGCCAUUUGUGGCGAUCAAACAUUAAGAAGAAUAGCCUUGACAAGACCUUCCACAAGGGCUCGACUGGCAAAUAUUGAUGGUGUAAACCAGUAUUUAUUGAAAACAUAUGGGGACCGUUUGUUACUAGUCAUCCAACAUCUAUCACAAGAGUUGGGCCUCUCUUUGGAUGGAGAGCUCCCGGCAGAACCAACAAAGGUUGCACCGGACAAUAGUGAAAAGAUUGGAGCUGUCACUGUGCACAACAAUAAUAGACUGACACCUGCCAAACUUGAAGCUUGGAAAAUGUGGCAAGAAAAUGGCCUUACAAUCCAGCAAAUUGCCAACCAUCCAGGUAGAGGAGGUCCUAUAAAAGAACAAACUGUCUUCAGCUAUAUUCUUGAAGCUGGACAAGGAGGUUGCUCGGUAGAUUGGGGAAGAUUCUGUCUAGAGAUUGGACUCACACAGGAAAUAUGUAAAAGCGUUCAGGACGCUGUUGCAAAAGUUGGGAAGGGAAAGCUGAAACCUAUAAAGAAUGAAUUGGCUGAUGAGGUAAGUUAUUCUCAGAUAAAAUUAUGGUUGGAGAUGGAAGAGAUGGGAUUAUCGACUGGAAUAACUCCGGCUAGCCAUCAGCAGCAGCAGCAGCAGCAGCAAGAGGAAUCCCUAAAUGAAACAUCAAAGCCCUCUGUCCAGAGUAAACAAUCUCAACCCAAUCUUGAUCAUAUUCCAAGUAGAGAAAGCGAGGAACCAGCAGUAGCUGUUACUGAGGAUGAUCCUACCCGAAUUACAAAACGGCAGAAACUGGAUGUGCAGCAAAUGGAACAGUCUGUUCCCAUGGAGGAGGAGGAGGCGACAGAGAGCUCCAUCCUCGACUGGCUCAGUAAUUUUGAACAAGGGGCUACGGUAUCGGAACUCUUGCAGCAUUUCAAAGGAUCAAAACAAGAGACAUUAAGUAGAGUGCUUGAGCAAAUGGAGGGUGACUUUUUGAUUUUUAAGAAGAACAAUGUUUAUAAACUCAUGUAAUAAAUAAAUAAAUAAAAUGCCUUGUUGAGUCCCUAAACUCUCUCUCUCUCUCUCUCCAAUUAGUGAUUAUGUGUUCAAAGAGUAAAUAAAUGUAUAUUCAAAACAGAAUUAGGUUUUGUUUAUCGAAAUUUGAUUUGGU